AUGGGAAGUGACGAGUGGACGAGGCAACGCAAAGACAAUCAUAAAGAAGUCGAGCGCCGCCGCCGUGGUAAUAUCAACGAAGGCAUCAAUGAACUCGGUCGCAUCGUUCCCAACGGGUCUGGUGAGAAAGCUAAAGGCGCAAUCCUGUCGCGCGCCGUGCAAUACAUUCACCACCUCAAGGAGAACGAGGCCAGAAAUAUCGAGAAAUGGACGCUGGAGAAGCUCCUGAUGGAUCAGGCGAUGGGGGACUUGCAAGCCCAGCUUGAGGAUAUGCGAAAGAUGUGGGAAGAGGAGCGAAUGAAUCGACAAAGAAUCGAAGCCGAAAUAGAGGCUGUCAGGAAUGGCGCUCAUGCUGGCCAGAAGAGGCAGCGCGAGGAUGAAGACGUGAAGGAAGGCGACGGGAAGAAGCAGAGGAAAGAGUAG